AUGCAGAGCUCAGGGCAGGACUUCAGGUACGCUGCCACCUGCCUGCUGCUACUCCUCUCCAGCGUGGAACUGCGGCCGCACGCGUGGGCCAGGAACAGGCGUCAGCUUGAAACAAUCCAAAGGGGCAUCCUAGACCGGCUGGGGCUGCAGGAGCCCCCCGUGCUCCGGCAGAGGCUGGACCAGGACGGGGUGAGGAGAGCACGCCAGCUCUACAGGGAGAAACUCAGCCAGCUGAGGGGGAACUGGAGCAGGGCAGAAAGUCAGGUGUCAGCCCCGGCCAGGACGCUUCACCUCCUGACUCCAAAGCUGGAGCGCCAGACGGAAGCCUCUGCUGGCAGCUCCUGCUACAAUCUCGUGCUGUCCCGGACCAAGGCCUUCCACCAGGAGCUCAGCGUGGUGAGGGCUGAGCUGAGACUCUUCGAGAAAUCUCUCAGCACUCAGGAUGUAUCCAGACUCAAUGUCUCCUGGCCGUCUCAAGUAGAAAUCUACCAGCUUCCGGAGCCUGGGCAGCACAACAGGCACCCCAAACUCCUGCAUUCCUACAACCUCGAUGCCACGACCCUGAGCCUCGACUUGGGGGCCACUGUCCGGCAUUGGGCAGCGAGCGCGAAGCAAAGACUCCAUCUGCAACUGGUAUUCGCUGCAGAUGUUUCUGCCUUUCUCGCCACCAACCGCACCAGCCAGGGGGCUGAGAUGCUGAACCUAGAGGUGGAAACCCAGGAGCACUUGGGCUCCAGGCUGAGGAAAGCCAGGGCGCUAGAGGAGGAAUGCAGAAAGAGUGAUGGAAAAUGUUGCCUCAAGUCCCUCAAAGUGUCUUUCCAAGACAUCGGCUGGUCCGACUGGGUGAUUGCCCCGAACAGCUACUACAUGAAGUUCUGUGAAGGAUCUUGCCCUCACAACUACAAGCCAGCCAGCAUGCAUGCCCAGAUCAAAGCCCGAAUGCACACCCUGUCCAAAGAGACACCCGCCCCUUGCUGCGUGCCCGCGGGCUAUGACCCCAUGGUGCUCAUGCACUACAACAGUGACGGGAGACUCGUCUCCACGCUCUUUGAGGACAUGAUCGUCACCACGUGUCACUGUGCCUGAGGGCGCACACGAGCCCCAUUACCAAAAGCCUCUGGCCCAGCUAGUCUCAUGGCAGGGCCGAGAGAGGCAGCCACUGACUGUGCUUCUUAAAGACCUGCCAUCUAUGCAAACUUUCCCUGGGUGCAAUGGCAUGGGCAUGUUUACAGUCAUACCCCUGGCAGCCAAGGCCCACUGCAUUGACCCAGGCACCUCCAUGCCCCUUCUGCCAGUGGCUAGUUCAGAAACAAGAAAAUAGGUCUGUUCACGCCUCAUCUCCCCUGCAUCCUGCUCAGCUUGGAACUGGCUGGAUGUGGCUCAGGGGACACCAGUGUGGCCAGAGUGCCUGCAGCCUUGCUGGGGGCAGCGCAGUCACCAAGGGCAGGACCCAUCAGUCCCAGCAGGGUCCUGUUCUGGCCGUGCCAUGGUCACUUAGCCCCCUCCGCCCUAUGUGCCUGAGGAGAUGGGUUCUUCCCCCCCCAUAGACAGAUAAACCCCGGAGGCAGGUUUCCGCAGGGCUACUCCCUGGGGGCUCGUGCCACCU